AUGGUCAAGCUGAAAGAUUACAUAAACAGAGAAUAUGACAAGAAAGACUGGGAUACUAUAGACGUGGAUCAUGUUGAAGGUCAUUGUGGAAACUUGGCAAAUGAAGAAGCUGACAGAUUAGAGAACUUGGGUGCAGAUCAGGCCAAAACCUCGACUUCGGAUGAAGAAAGCGAGGAUGACAUGCAUCAUUAUUCGAACGAAAAUGAUCCGUAUUACUAUCCUAGCGAUGAAAGCGAAGAUGGCAUGUAUUAUUAUUCGAGCGAAAAUGAUCCGUAUUACUAUUCUAGCGAUGAAAGUGGUGACUAUUGGUGA